AUGGGGACGGUUCUUCAUGCGGCGGGCCCGUCUGAAGGCAAAAAGAGCCGGAAUCUCGUCCCAAGCCUAUUCUCCCGUUUUCCAUCUCCCCGCCCCAUUCUCCCGCUUUCCAUCACCCCGCUCCAUUCUCCCGCUUUCCAUCACCCCGCCCCAUUCUCCCUCUUUCGAUCGCCCCACCCCAUUCUCCCUCCUUCCAUCACCCCGCCCCAUUCUCCCUCCUUCCAUCACCCCGCCCCAUUCUCCCUCCUUCCAUCACCCCGCCCCAUUCUCCCGCUUUCCAUCACCCCGCCCCAUUCUCCCGCUUUCCAUCACCCCGCCCCAAUCUCCCGCUUUCCAUCACCCCGCCCCAUUCUCCCGCUUUCCAUCACCCCGCCCCAGUCUCCUGCUUUCCAUCACCCUGCCCCAUUCACCCGCUUUCCGUCACCCCGCCCCAUUCUCCCGCUAUCCAUCACCCCGCCCCAUUCUCCCGCUUUCCAUCACCCUGCCCCAUUCUCCCGCUUUCCAUCACCCCGCCCCAUUCUCCCGCUUUCCAUCACCCCGCCUCAUUCUCCCGCUUCCCAUCAUCCCGACCCAUUCCCCCGCUUUCCAUCACCUCUCCCUCCUUCCAUCACCCCGCCCCAUUCUCCCGCUUUCCAUCACCCCGCCGCAUUCUCCCGCUUUCCAUCACCUCGCCCCAUUCUCCCGCUUUCCAUCACCCAGCCCCAUUCUUCCGCUUUCCAUCACCCCGCCCCAUUCACCCGCUUUCCAUCACCCCACCCCAUUCUCCCGCUUUCUAUCACCCCGCCCCAUUCUCCCGCUUUCCAUCACCCCACCCCAUUCUCCCGCUUUCAAUCACCCCGCCCCAUUCUCCCGCUUUCCAUCACCCCACCCCAUUCUCCCGCUUUCCAUCACCCCUUCCCAUUCUCCCGCUUUCCAUCACCCCGCCCCAUUCUCCCGCUUUCCAUCACCCCGCCCCAUUCUCCCGCUUCCCAUCACCCCGCCCCAUUCUCCCGCUUUCCAUCACCCUGCCCCAUUCUCCCGCUUUCCAUCACCCCGCCCCAUUCUCCCUCCUUCCAUCACCCCGCCUCAUUCUCCCUCCUUCCAUCACCCCGCCCCAUUCUCCCGCUUUCCAUUACCCCGCCCCAUUCUCCCUCUUUCCAUCACCCCGCCCCAUUCUCCCUCUUUCCAUCACCCCGCCCCAUUCUUCCGCUUCCCAUCAUCCCGCCCCAUUCCCCCGCUUUCCAUCACCCCUCCCCAUUCUCCCUCCUUCCAUCACCCCGCCCCAUUCUCCCGCUUUCCAUUACCACGCCCCAUUCUCCCGCUUUCCAUCACCCCGCCCCAUUCUCCCGCUUUCCAUCACCCCGCCCCAUUCUCCCGCUUCCCAUCAUCCCGCCCCAUUCCCCCGCUUUCCAUCACCCCUCCCCAUUCUCCCUCCUUCCAUCACCCCGCCCCAUUCUCCCGCUUUCCAUCACCCGCCCCAUUCUCCCGCUUUCCAUCACCUCGCCCCAUUCUCCCGCUUUCCAUCACCUCGCCCCAUUCUUCUGCUUUCCAUCACCCCGCCCCAUUCUCCCGCUUUCAAUCACCCCGCCCCAUUCACCCGCAUUCCAUAACCCGCCCCAUUCUCCCGCUUUCCAUCACCCCGCCCCGUUCUCCCGCUUUACCUCACCCCGCCCCAUCCUCCCGCUUUUCAUCACCCCGCCCCAUUCUCCCGCUUUCCAACACCCCGCCCCCCCCAUUCUUGCGCUUUCCAUCACCCCGCCCCAUUUUCCCGCUUUCCAUCACCCCGCCCCAUUCUCCCGCUUUCCAUCAACCUGCCCCAAUCUCCCGCUUUCCAUCACCCCGCCCCAUUCUCCCUCCUUCCAUCACCCCGCCCCAUUCUCCCUCCUUCCAUCACCCCGCCCCAUUCUCCCGCUUUCCAUAACCCCGCCCCAUUCUCCCUCCUUUCAUCACCCGCCCCAUUCUCGCUCCUUCCAUCACCCCGCCCCAUUCUCCCUCCUUCCAUCACCCCGCCCCAUUCUCCCACUUUCCAUCGGCCCGCCCCAUUCUCCCGCUUUCCAUCACCCCGCCCCAUUCUCCCGCUUUCCAUCACCCCGCCCCAUUCUCCCGCUUUCCAUCAGCCCACCCCAUUCUCCCGCUUUCCAUCACCCCGCCCCAUUCUCCCGCUUUCCAUCACCCUGCCCCAUUCUCCCUCCUUCCAUCACCCCGCCUCAUUCUACCUCCUUCCAUCACCCCGCCCCAUUCUCCCGCUUUCCAUCACCUCGCCCCAUUCUCCCGCUUUCCAUCACCCCGCCCCAUUCCUCUGCUUUUGAUCACCCCACCCCAUUCUCCCGCUUUCCAUCACCCCGCCCCAUUCACCCGCUUUCCAUCACCCGCCCCAUUCGCCCGCUUUCCAUCACCCCGCCCCAGUCUCCCGCUUUCCAUCACCCCGCCCCAUUCUCCCGCUUUUCAACACCCCGCCCCAUUCUCCCGCUUUCCAUCACCUCGCCCCAUUCUCCCUCCUUCCAUCACUCCGCCCCAUUCUCCCGCUUUCCAUCACCCCGCCCCAUUCACCCGCUUUCCAUCACCCGCCCCAUUCGCCCGCUUUCCAUCACCCCGCCCCAGUCUCCCGCUUUCCAUCACCCCGCCCCAUUCUCCCACUUUCCAUCGGCCCGCCCCAUUCUCCCGCUUUCCAUCACCCCGCCCCAUUCUCCCGCUUUCCAUCAUCCCGCCCCAUUCUCCCGCUUUCCAUCAGCCCACCCCAUUCUCCCGCUUUCCAUCACCCCGCCCCAUUCUCCCGCUUUCCAUCACCCUGCCCCAUUCUCCCUCCUUCCAUCACCCCGCCUCAUUCUACCUCCUUCCAUCACCCCGCCCCAUUCUCCCGCUUUCCAUCACCUCGCCCCAUUCUCCCGCUUUCCAUCACCCCGCCCCAUUCCUCUGCUUUUGAUCACCCCACCCCAUUCUCCCGCUUUCCAUCACCCCGCCCCAUUCACCCGCUUUCCAUCACCCGCCCCAUUCGCCCGCUUUCCAUCACCCCGCCCCAGUCUCCCGCUUUCCAUCACCCCGCCCCAUUCUCCCGCUUUUCAACACCCCGCCCCAUUCUCCCGCUUUCCAUCACCUCGCCCCAUUCUCCCUCCUUCCAUCACUCCGCCCCAUUCUCCCGCUUUCCAUCACCCCGCCCCAUUCUCCCGCUUUCCAUCACCCCGCCCCAUUCUCCCGCUUUCCUUCACCUCGCCCCAUUCACCCGCUUUCCAUCACCCGCCCCAUUCUCCCACUUUCCAUCACCCCGCCCCAUUCUCCCGCUUUUCAUCACCCCGCCCCAUUCUCCCGCUUUCCAUCACCCCGCCCCAUUCUCCCGCUUUCCAUCACUCCGCCCCAUUCUCCCGCUUUCCCUCACCCCGCCCCAUUCUCCCGCUUUCCAUCACCCCGCCCCAUUCUCCCUCCUUCCAUCGCCCCGCCUCAUUCUCCCGCUUCCCAUCAUCCCGCCCCAUUCCCCCGCUUUCCAUCACCUCUCCCUCCUUCCAUCACCCUGCCCCAUUCUCCCGCUUUCCAUCACCCCACCCCAUUCUCCCGCUUUCUAUCACCCCACCCCAUUCUCCCGCUUUCCAUCACCCCGCCCCAUUGUCCCGCUUUCCAUCACCCCGCCCCAUUGUCCCGCUUUCCAUCACCCCGCCCCAUUCUCCCACUUUCCAUCACCCCAGCCUAUUCUCCCGCUUUCCAUCUCCCCGCCCCAUUCUCCCGCUUUCCAUCACCCCGCUCCAUUCUCCCGCUUUCCAUCACCCCGCCCCAUUCUCCCUCUUUCGAUCGCCCCACCCCAUUCUCCCUCCUUCCAUCACCCCGCCCCAUUCUCCCUCCUUCCAUCACCCCGCCCCAUUCUCCCUCCUUCCAUCACCCCGCCCCAUUCUCCCGCUUUCCAUCACCCCGCCCCAUUCUCCAGCUUUCCAUCACCCCGCCCCAAUCUCCCGCUUUCCAUCACCCCGCCCCAUUCUCCCGCUUUCCAUCACCCUGCCCCAGUCUCCUGCUUUCCAUCACCCUGCCCCAUUCACCCGCUUUCCGUCACCCCGCCCCAUUCUCCCGCUUUCCAUCACCCCGCCCCAUUCUCCCGCUUUCCAUGACCCUGCCCCAUUCUCCCGCUUUCCAUCACCCCGCCCCAUUCUCCCGCUUUCCAUCACCCCGCCUCAUUCUCCCGCUUCCCAUCAUCCCGCCCCAUUCCCCCGCUUUCCAUCACCUCUCCCUCCUUCCAUCACCCCGCCCCAUUCUCCCGCUUUCCAUCACCCCGCCGCAUUCUCCCGCUUUCCAUCACCUCGCCCCAUUCUCCCGCUUUCCAUCACCCAGCCCCAUUCUUCCGCUUUCCAUCACCCCGCCCCAUUCACCCGCUUUCCAUCACCCCACCCCAUUCUCCCGCUUUCUAUCACCCCGCCCCAUUCUCCCGCUUUCCAUCACCCCGCCCCAUUCUCCCGCUUUCAAUCACCCCGCCCCAUUCUCCCGCUUUCCAUCACCCCACCCCAUUCUCCCGCUUUCCAUCACCCCCUUUCCAUCACCCUGCCCCAUUCUCCCGCUUUCCAUCACCUUGCCCCAUUCUCCCGCUAUCCAUCACCCCGCCCCAUUCUCCCUCCUUCCAUCACCCCGCCCCAUUCUCCCUCCUUCCAUCAACCCGCCCCAUUCUCCCUCCUUCCAUCACCCCGCCCCAUUCUCCCUCCUUCCAUUACCCCACCCCAUUCUCCCGCUUUACAUCAGCCCGCCCCAUUCUCCCGCUUUCCAUCACCCCGCCCCAUUCUCCCGCUUUCCAUCACCUCACCCCAUUCUCCCGCUUUACAUCACCCCGCCCCAUUCUCCCGCUUUCCAUCACCCCGCCCCAUUCUCCCGCUUUCCAUCACCUCGCCUUAUUUUCCCGCUUUUUAUCACCCCGCCGUAAUUCUCCCGCUUUCCAUCACCCCGCCUGAUUCUCCCUCCUUCCAUCACCCCACACCAUUCUCCCGCUUUCCAUCACCCCGCCCCAUUCUCCUGCUUUCCCCGCCCCAUUCUCCUGCUUUCCAUCACCCCUCCCCAUUCUCCCGCUUUCCAUCACCCCACCCCAUUCUCCCGCUUUCCAUCACCCCGCCCCAUUCUCCCUCCUUCCAUGACCCCGCCCCAUUUUCCCUCCUUCCAUCACCCCGCCCAAUUCUCCUGCUUUCCAUCACCCCGCCCCAUUCUCCCGCUAUCCAUCACCCCGCCCCAUUCUCCCUCCUUCCAUCACCACGCCCCAUUCUCCCUCCUUCCAUGACCCCGCCCCAUUCUCCCUCCUUCCAUCACCCCGCCCCAUUCUCCCUCCUUCCAUCACCCCUGCCCCAUUCUCCCGCUUUCCAUCACCCCGCCCCAUUCUCCCGAUUUCCAUCACCCCGCCCCAUUCACCCGCUUUCUAUCACCCCGCCCCAUUCUCCCGCUUUCCAUCACCCCGCCCCAUUCUCCCGCUUUCCAUCACCCCGCCCCAUUCUCCCGCUUUCCAUCACCCUGCCCCAUUCUCCCGCUUUCCAUCACCCCGCCUCAUUCUCCCGCUUCCCAUCAUCCCGCCCCAUUCCCCCGCUUUCCAUCACCUCUCCCUCCUUCCAUCACCCCGCCCCAUUCUCCCGCUUUCUAUCACCCGUCCCCAUUCUCCCUCCUUCCAUCACCCCGCCCCAUUCUCCCACUUUCCAUCACCCCGCCCCAUUCUCCCGCUUUCCAUCACCUCGCCCCAUUCUCCCGCUUUUUAUCACCCCGCCCCAUUCUCCCGCUUUCCAUCACCCCGCCCGAUUCUCCCUCCUUCCAUCACCCCACACAAUUAUCCCGCUUUCCAUCACUUCGCCCCAUUCUCCUGCUUUCCAUCACCCCUCCCCAUUCUCCCGCUUUCCAUCACCCCGCCCCAUUCUCCCGCUUUCCAUCACCCCGCCCCAUUCUCCCGCUUUCCAUCACCCCGCCCCAUUCUCCCGCUUUCCCUCACCCCGCCCCAUUCUCCAGCUUUCCAUCACCCCGCCCCAUUCUCCCGCUUCCCAUCAACCCGACCCAUUCUCCCGCUUUCUAUCACCCGUCCCCAUUCUUCCUCCUUCCAUCACCCCGCCCCAUUCUCCUGCUUUCCAUCACCCCGCCCCAUUCUCCCGCUUUCCAUCACCUUGCCCCAUUCUCCCACUUUUUAUCACCCCGCCCCAUUCUCCCGCUUUCCAUCGCCCCGCCCGAUUCUCCCUCCUUCCAUCACCCCACACCAUUCUCCCGCAUUCUAUCACCCCGUCCCAUUCUCCUGCUUUCCAUCACCCCGCCCCAUUCUCUUGCUUACUAUCAACCCGCCCCAUUCUCCCGCUUUCCAUCAUCCGUCCCCAUUCUCCCUCCUUCCAUCACCCCGCCCCAUUCUCCCGCUUUCCAUCACCCCGCCCCAUUCUCCCCCUUUCCAUCACCUCGCCCCAUUCUCCUGCUUUUUAUCACCCCACCCCAUUCUUCCGCUUUCCAUCACCCCGCCCCAUUCUCCUGCUUUCCAUCACCCCUCCCCAUUCUCCCGCUUUCCAUCACCCCGCCCCAUUCUCCCGCUUUCCAUCACCCCGCCCCAUUCUCCCGCUUUCCAUCACCCCGCCCCAUUCUCCCGCUUUCCCUCACCCCGCCCCAUUCUCCAGCUUUCCAUCACCGCGCCCUAUUCUGCCGCUUCCCAUCAACCCGCCCCAUUCUCCCGCUUUCUAUCACCCGUCCCCAUUCUAUCUCCUUCCAUCACCGCGCCCCAUUCUCCCGCUUUCCAUCACCCCGCCCCAUUCUCCCGCUUUCCAUCACCUCGCCCCAUUCUCCCGCUUUUUAUCACCCCGCCCCAUUCUCCCGCUUUCCAUCGCCCCGCCCCAUUCUCCCUCUUUCCAUCACCCCGCCCCAUUCUCCCUCUUUCCAUUACCCCGCCCCAUUCUCCUGCUUUCCAUCACCCCGCCCCAUUCUCCCUCUUUCCAUCACCCCGCCCCAUUCUCCCGCUUUCUAUCACCCCACCCCAUUCUCCCGCUUUCCGUCACCCCGCCCCAUUCUCCCUCUUUCCAUCACCCCGCCCCAAUCUCCCGCCUUUCAUCACCCCACCCCAUUCUCCCGCUUUCCAUCACCCUGCCCAAUUCUCCCUCUUUCCAUCACCCCGCCCCAUUCCCGCCUUCCAUCACCCCGCCCCAUUCUCCCUCUUUCCAUCACCCCGCCCCAUUCUCACGCUUUCCAUCACCCCGCCCCAUUUUCCCUCUUUCCAUCACAACGCCCCAUACUCCCGCGUUCCAUCACCCCGCCCCAUUCUCCCUCUAUCCAUCACCCCGCCCAAUUCUCCCACUUUCCAUCACCCCGUCCCAUUCUCCCGUUUUCCAUCACCCCGCCCCAUUCUCUCGCUUUCCAUCACCCCGCCUUAUUCUCCCGCUUUCCAUCACCCCGCCCCAUCCUAACGAUUUCCAUCACCCCGCCCCAUUCUCCCGCUUUCCAUCACCCCGCCCCAUUCUCCCACUUUCCAUCACCCCGCCCCAUUCUCCCGCUUUCCAACACCCUGACCCAUUCUCCCGCUUUCCUUCACCCCGCACCAUUCUCCCUCUUUCCAUCACCCCGCCCCAUUCUCCCUCUUUCCAUCACCCCGCCCCAUUCUCCCGCUUUCCAUCACCCCGCGCCAUUUUCCCUCUUUCCAUCACCCCGCCCCAUUCUCCCGCUUUCCAUCACCCUGCCCCAUUCUCCCGCUUUCCAUCACCCCGCUCCAUUGUCCCGCUUUCCAUCACCCCGCCCAAUUCUCCCUCUUUCCAUCACCCCUCCCCAUUCUCCCUCUUUCCAUCACCCCGCCCCAUUCUCCCGCUUUCCAUCACCCCGCCCCAUUCUCCCUCUUUCCAUCACCCCGCCCCAUUCUCCCUCUUUCCAUUACCCCGCCCCAUUCUCCUGCUUUCCAUCACCCCGCCCCAUUCUCCCUCUUUCCAUCACCCCGCCCCAUUCUCCCGCUUUCUAUCACCCCACCCCAUUCUCCCGCUUUCCAUCACCCCGUCCCGUUCUCCCUCUUUCCAUCACCCCGCCCCAUUCUCCCGCCUUUCAUCACCCCGCCCCAUUCUCCCGCAUUCCAUCACCCCGCCCCAUUCUCCCGCCUUCCAUCACCCUGCCCCAUUCUCCCUCUUUCCAUCACCCCGCCCCAUUCUCACGCUUUCCAUCACCCCGCCCCAUUCUCCCUCUUUCCAUCACCCGCCCCAUUCUCCCGCUUUCCAUCACCCCGCCCCAUUCUCCCUCUAUCCAUCACCCCUCCCAAUUCUCCCACUUUCCAUCACCCCGUCCCAUUCUCCCGUUUUCCAUCACCCCGCCCCAUUCUCUCGCUUUCCAUCACCCCGCCUUAUUCUCCCACUUUCCAUCACCCCGCCCCAUUCUCCCGAUUUCCAUCACCCCGCCCCAUUCUCCCGCUUUCCAUCACCUCGCCCCAUUCUUCCGCUUUCCAUCACCCCGCCCCAUUCUCCCGCUUUCCAACACCUCGCCCCAUUCUCCCGCUUUCCAUCACCCCGCCCCAUUCUCACUCUUUCCAUCACCCCGCCCCAUUCUCCCUCUUUUCAUCACCCCGCCCCAUUCUCCCGCUUUCCAUCACCCCGCCCCAUUCUCCCUCUUUCCAUAACCCCGCCCCAUUCUCCCGCUUUCCAUCACCCCGCCCCAUUCUCCCUCUUUCCAUCACCCCGCCCCAUUCUCCCUCUUUCCAUCACCCCGCCCCAUUCUCCCGCUUUCCAUCACCCCGCCCCAUUCUCCCUCUUUCCAUAA